GCGUAGCGUUACGUCAAUAGCGGGUGAGACGUUAUCCGCCUGCGCCUGCUGCACGCUGGUCUCGUCGUCACGUAACGUGCACAGUAACAACAUGAGCAGCGACUUCUAUCUCCGGUACUACGUAGGGCACAAGGGAAAGUUUGGACACGAGUUUUUGGAGUUCGAGUUCCGGCCGGAUGGUAAACUGCGUUACGCCAAUAACAGUAAUUACAAGAAUGACGUCAUGAUCAGGAAGGAGUCCUAUGUACAUAAGAGUGUGAUGGAGGAGCUGAAACGCAUCAUAGACGACAGUGAAGUCACAAAAGAAGAUGAUGCCCUCUGGCCCCCUCCUGACAGAGUUGGACGACAGGAGCUGGAGAUUGUGAUCGGCGAUGAGCACAUUUCUUUCACGACUUCAAAAAUCGGGUCUCUUAUAGAUGUGAACCAGUCCAAAGACCCUGAGGGACUAAGAGUUUUCUAUUACCUGGUUCAGGACCUGAAGUGUCUGGUCUUCAGUUUGAUUGGUCUUCACUUUAAGAUUAAGCCCAUCUAAGUCUUGGGAAAACGGAUGCACAUUGUAUUGUAUUUAGGUUGUCUUUCUGACGUUGUAUGUAUGAUAUAUUUUGUUUUUAUAGAUCUGACUCAUUUAAAUAAAAUGGUAAAAUUCUCUGAA